AUGGCCUCUGUUCUCCAUCUGGGAGCAGUUCCUGUGAGUUAUGUGCUUCGAAUGGCACCAAGCCGGGGAUGUGGAAACAGCGGGGUUGUGCAGCGUGCCAGUGACCCGUUGGACGCAGCGGCUCCCGCCAUCCUGGUCCCUCCCCAGAACACGAGCGGCGUGGUCGGGGCCGGCCGCGGCGACGUCACCCUGGAGUGCGUGGCCAGCGCCAGACCUGUUGAGAGAUUAAGCAUUACUUGGAAGAGAAAUGGAAUGAAAAUAACCAGUGGAAUUAGCAAUUUUGGGAGACAUCUCACUAUCACCCACGCAACCUCUGCGGACGCUGGGAUGUACGUCUGCGAAGCAAAACUGAGGGACAGCACAGAGGAACCAGCAAGGGCGAAAGCCUUCCUUUCCAUAAUGGAACCGCCGUAUUUUACUGCUGAGCCCGAGCGUCGGAUUUUGGCCGAAGCGGAGAAGGACGUGGACAUCGUGUGCCAAGCGAUGGGUGUCCCUGUUCCCACCCUGGUCUGGUAUAAGGACUCCGUUCCACUUGGCAAGCUGCAAAACCCUCGCUACAAAGUACUGCUGAGCGGCGGCCUGCGGAUCCACGGGCUGCAGCCUGAGGACUCGGGGAUUUACCAGUGUUUUGCGAGUAAUAAAGCUGGGGAGAUGCAGGCAUACACCUACCUGGAUGUAACUAACAUUAAACCAGCAUUUAUUCGGCCUCCAGUGGAUACUACUGUUACUGAGGGCAUGACUGCAGUGCUAACCUGUGAAGUUUCAGGGGCUCCAAAACCUGCUAUCUCAUGGAAGAAAGGGAAUCAGAUCUUAGCCAGUGGUUCAGUACAGAUCCCUCGCUUCAUUCUUCUGGAAUCUGGAGGGCUCCAGAUAACACCCGUUUUCCUUCAGGACGCCGGCAAUUACACCUGCUAUGCAGUGAACUCCAAAGGAGCUCUGAAUGCCUUUGUGAUGCUGACCGUGUGGAAUCGGACUGUCAUCGUUCACCCUCCCGAGGACAGCACGGUGAUCAAAGGAACCACCGCCGCGCUGCGCUGCGAGGCGACUCACGAUCCUAGAAUUUCAAUCAGGUACGUUUGGAAGAAAGACAGUGCUGUAAUAAAUCCAUCCAGCAGUUCCAGGAUUACAGUAGAGAAAGGUGGAACCCUCCUCAUCAGCCAGACGUGGUCAGGGGACAUCGGGGACUACACUUGCGAGGUCAUCUCUUUUGGAGGAAAUGACUCCAGGAUGGCUCGGCUAGAAGUGAUUGAACUGCCUCAUUCCCCUCAGAACCUUCUGGCCACUCUGAACUCCUCGCACAGCCGCAGCGUGGUGCUUUCCUGGGUUCGUCCCUUUGAUGGAAACAGCCCCGUUCUCUACUACAUGGUAGAGCUAUCUGAGAACAAUUCUCCCUGGAAGGUUCAUCUCUCCAAUCUUGACCCAAAGAUGACCAGUGUCACUGUGAGUGGACUAACUCCAGCCCGAACCUACCAGUUUAGGGUGUGUGCUGUGAACCAGGUGGGAAAGGGCCAGUACAGCUCUGAGACCAGCAGGUUGAUGCUACCUGAGGAGCCCCCAAGCGCCCCACCUAAAAACAUAGUGGCCAGUGGCCGCACUAAUCAGUCCAUCAUGGUCCAGUGGCAGCCUCCUCCGGAAAGCGAACAUAACGGAGUGCUGCACGGAUACAUCCUGAGGUAUCGCCUGGCAGGGCUCCCUGGGGAAUACCAGUAUAAGAACAUCACCAGUGCCGAAAUUAACUACUGCCUAGUGAAAGACCUUAUCAUUUGGACCCAGUAUGAAAUCCAGGUGGCAUCUUACAACGGAGCUGGGCUGGGAGCGUUCAGCAGACCUGUGACAGAGUACACUUUACAGGGAGUGCCGACAGCUCCGCCGCAAAACGUGCACGUGGAAGCCGUGAACUCCACCACCAUCCAGUUCCUCUGGAAUCCGCCACCCCAGCAGUUCAUCAAUGGCAUCAACCAAGGAUACAAGCUUCUCGCAUGGCCAGUGGAUGCACCGGAGACACUAACGGUGGUCACGAUUGCCCCGGAUUUUCACGGUGUUCACAGUGGCUGCAUCAGCAACCUGAAGAAGUUCACUGCUUAUUACACGUCCGUGCUGUGUUUCACCACGCCGGGCGACGGCCCGCGGAGCCCUCCCCAGCUCCUGCGCACCCUUGAAGACAAGCCAGGAGCUGUGGGACACCUGAGCUUUACCGAAAUUCUGGACACGUCUCUCAAGGUCAGCUGGCAAGAACCUGUAGAAAAAAAUGGCAUCAUUACAGGCUACCAGAUCUCCUGGGAGGUGUAUGGCAGGAAUGAAACUCGCCUUGCCCGCACAUUAACCAACACGACUCUGGAGUACAAAAUUACAGGGCUCUCAUCUCUCACCACCUACACGAUAGAGGUGGCAGCUGUGACCGCCAAAGGGAGCGGAUGGGUCACCUCCUCCACCAUCUCGUCUGGUGUGCCCCCAGAACUUCCAGGUGCUCCAUCCAACUUGGUGAUUUCCAACAUCAGUCCUCGCUCAGCUACGCUUCAGUUCCGGCCAGGGUAUGACGGCAAAACCUCCAUCUCCAAGUGGAUAGUUGAAGGCCAGGUUGGUGUUCUGGGUGAUGAAGAAGAGUGGGUGAAUCUCCAUGAGGUGGAGAAUGAACCUGAUGCUCAGAUGCUGGAGAUACCAAACCUCAUUCCUUACACACAUUACAGACCCACUUUGUUGUUUCUGUUUCUCUUCCCCGGCCUCGCGGUGGCCGCCGGCAGGUUCCGCAUGCGGCAGCCCCUGCCCGACACGCAGUACAACGGCAAUCCCGAGUCAGUGGGAUACAGGAUAAAGUUUUGGCGAGUGGACCUGCAAUCUCCGCCACUGAUGAAGGUUAUUAACGACCGUCUGGAGAGAGAGUACACGAUCGAAGAUCUGGAGGAAUGGACAGAAUACGAACUGCAAAUCCAGGCCUUCAAUGCCAUUGGGGCAGGACCGUGGAGUGAAGUAGUGCGAGGUCGUACUCGGGAGUCCGUGCCCUCUGCUCCUCCUACCAACGUGUCUGCUGAAGCAGUGAGCUCGACCCAGAUCCUCCUGACGUGGGCCGCGGUCCCCGAGCCGGAGCAGAACGGACUCGUCCUGGGCUAUAAGAUCCUUUAUAAGGCAAGAGAUUUAGACUCUGAACCUAAGAGCCAAGUAGUAAGAGGCAACCACACUCAGUCUUUCCUGCUGUCCGGCCUGAGGAAAUUCGUGCUCUAUGAGAUCCAGGUGUUGGCAUUCACCCGUAUUGGAGAUGGAGUCCCCAGCUCUCCUGCCAUUAUAGAAAGAACCAAGGAUGAUGCGCCCGGGCCGCCCGUGCGCCUGGUGUUCCCCGAGGUGAGGCUGACGUCGGUGCGCAUCGUGUGGCAGCCGCCGGAGGAGCCCAACGGCAUCAUCCUGGGGUAUCAGAUCGCAUACCGCCUGGCCAGCAGCAGCCCGAACAAGUUCACCACGGUGGAGGUUGGCUCCACGGUGAGGCAGUUCACGGCCACGGAUCUCAGCCCGGAGUCGGCCUACAUCUUUCGGACGUCGGCCAAGACCCGGCAGGGCUGGGGGGAGCCGCUGGAAGCCACGGUGAUCACGACGGAGAAGCGAGAACGACCAGCACCUCCCCGGCAGCUGAUGACCCCCCAGUCUGAUGUGUCAUCCCGGAGUCUGCAGCUGAAGUGGCUCCCUGGAAGUGACGGGUCGUCACCAAUUCGAUACUUCACUGUGCAAGUGCGAGAACUGCCAAAUGGAGAGUGGCAAACCUACUCCUCGUCCAUCAGCCAUGAGGCUACAUCCUGCACUAUUGAAAG